GCUGUCUCAGGCCUCAGUUUCCUCAGGCAGAGAAAUGGGAGCCCAGGAACUAGAGGAUAUGGAGGCCAGUUGGUGGGGAGCUGGGGUCAAGAGGUUGGGGGGCUCUGUAAAGGGAUGAUGGCAGAGGCGUCUCCAUGCCGUGGUGCUGGGCUCAGGGAUCCUGGCGGAAGAAGAGCUGGGUUGAGAUCUCACAUGUCUAGUCUCUGGAUUCCUCUGUCCUAUUUUGGGGCCUCUUCCUUCACUCCCCUGCCUCAUCUCUGAUUACCCCCAGGGAAUCCUCCAGAGAAAGCAUGGGGUGUUUCCUGGAGCUGGGGAACGUGUGAGUGCCUAAGGUGGGGCAGGGCUGACUUUUCGAGGUUUUCUUUUGGCACCGGCCUACCUGCUGCGCGCUCCACCUCUCUGGGCAGCGGGCGCUGAGACCUGCCCAGAGUGGGGUGGGGACAGGCUUGGGAGAGGUGUGGCAGGGCCCCCUCAGGACAAGGUGACAUCUUUCCCCUUCCACUCUUCUCUACGUCCUCAGCAGGGAGUGGCCACUCCCUUCCCCAUGGACUUCCAAGAGCGGGACCCUCCCUCCCUGGCUGAGAGCACACAGUCCGCCAAGCCCAGCAGUGCCCAGCAGGCCUCCGAGCUGUGGGAGGUAGUGGAGGAGCCUCGGGGCCGGCUGGGGGCGGAGGGUAUCAUGCCCGAGAGGCAGGAAGGCCACCUGCUCAAGAAGAGGAAGUGGCCUCUGAAGGGCUGGCACAAGAGAUACUUUGUGCUCGAGGAUGGGAUCCUUCACUACGCAACGACUCGGCAAGAUAUCACCAAGGGGAAGCUCCAUGGCUCCAUUGAUGUCCGACUGUCGGUCAUGUCCAUCAACAAAAAGGCCCAGCGCAUUGACCUUGACACUGAAGACAACAUCUACCACCUCAAGAUCAAAUCACAGGACCUGUUCCAGAGCUGGGUGGCUCAGCUGCGUGCCCACCGCCUGGCCCAGCACCUGGAUGUGCCCCGGAGCCUGCUGCCCAGCACCACUCACCGGAAGGUUCCUGGUGCCCAGCUUCCGGCAGCGGGUAGUGCCUCGGCUCUGCCAGGGGUUGGACCUCGGGAGAAGGUGUCUUCCUGGCUGAGGGACAGUGAUGGGUUAGACCGCUGUUCUCAUGAGCUCUCUGAGUGUCAGGGGAAGCUCCAGGAACUCCACAGACUCCUCCAGAGCCUGGAGUCCCUGCCCCGGAUCCCCUCAGCCCCUGUUAUCCCCACACACCAGGCCUCGGUGACGACCGAGAGACCCAAGAAGGGGAAGCGGACCAGCCGCAUAUGGUGCACACAGAGCUUUGCCAAGGACGACACCAUCGGGCGGGUGGGUCGUCUCCACGGCUCUGUUCCCAACCUAUCUCGCUACCUGGAGUCCCGGGACCCCUCGGGCCCCCGCGGGCUGCCACCCCCAGACUAUGCCCACGUGCAGCGCAGUUUCUGGGCCCUGGCUCAGAAGGUGCACAGCUCGCUCAGCAGUGUCCUGGCCGCCCUCACCACUGAACGGGACCGACUGAGGGACCUGCACCAGGGUUCGGAGCCAUCCAGGCUGGGGGUGAGGCUGGGGGCAGGGUGGCCAGUGGGAGGAGUGGGCCCGAGCCCCGAGGACUGCAGGCCUGGGGGUGGUCCCGGACCUGGGCCGGGAAGGGAGGUUGGAGGAGGCAGGCUGUGCCCGGCAGGCUGGGGAGGGCUUCACCCGCCCCGUCCCGGCACCUGUGCCCUCACCCUCUCCCUGCAGGUCUCUGAGGCCGCAGCCGGCCCGAGGCGCCUCCACUCGCUGUCCGUGUCCUCCGACACCACUGCAGACUCCUUCAGCUCCCUCAACCCCGAGGAGCAAGAAGCUCUGUACAUGAAGGGGCGAGAGCUGACCCCUCAGCUGUCCCAGAGCAGCGUCCUUUCCCUCGCUGAUUCCCACACAGAGUUCUUUGAUGCCUGUGAGGUUCUCCUCUCUGCCAGCUCUUCUGAGAAUGAGGGCUCAGAGGAGGAGGAGUCGUGCACCAGUGAAGUCACCACCAGCCUGUCCGAGGAGGUGCUCGACCUCAGGGGAGCUGAGCGCUGUCAGAAAGGAGGAGCCGUGGGACCACCCCGCCGCCGAUGCCUACCUGCGGCCAGUGGGCCCGGGGCCGACGUGAGCCUGUGGAACAUCCUGUGGAACAACAUCGGCAAGGACCUGUCCAAGGUGUCGAUGCCCGUGCAGCUCAACGAGCCACUCAGCACCCUGCAGCGGCUCUGCGAGGAGCUGGAGUACAGCAGCCUUCUGGACCAGGCCAGCCAGACCACCGACCCCUGCGAGCGCAUGGUGUACAUCGCAGCCUUCGCAGUGUCAGCCUACUCCUCCACAUACCACCGGGCGGGCUGCAAGCCCUUCAACCCUGUCCUGGGGGAGACCUACGAGUGCGAGCGGCCUGACCGAGGUUUCCGCUUCAUCAGUGAGCAGGUCUCCCACCACCCCCCCAUCUCGGCGUGCCAUGCGGAGUCUGAGAACUUCAUAUUCUGGCAAGACAUGAAGUGGAAGAACAAGUUCUGGGGCAAAUCCCUGGAGAUUGUGCCUGUGGGGAUGGUCAAUGUGAGCCUGCCCAGGUUUGGGGACCACUUUGAGUGGAACAAGGUGACGUCCUGCAUUCACAACAUCCUGAGUGGCCAGCGCUGGAUUGAGCACUACGGGGAGGUGCUCAUCCGGAACACGCAGGACAGCUCCUGCCACUGCAAGAUCACCUUCUGCAAGGCCAAGUACUGGAGCUCCAACGUCCAUGAGGUGCAGGGUGCCGUGUUCAGCCGAAGCGGCCGCGUCCUCCACCGACUCUUCGGGAAGUGGCCCGAGGGCCUGUACCGGGGACCCCCGCUGGGCGGUCAGUGCAUCUGGAAACCCAACUCAAUGCCCCCAAACUAUGAGCGCAACUUCGGCUUCACUCAGUUUGCUUUGGAGCUGAAUGAGCUGACGGCAGAGCUGAAGCGGUCCCUGCCUUCCACAGACACGCGGCUCCGGCCAGACCAGAGGUACCUGGAGGAGGGGAACAUACAGGCCGCCGAGGCCCAGAAGAGAAGGAUCGAGCAGCUUCAGCGAGACAGGCGCAAAGUCAUGGAGGAGAACAACAUUGUCCACCAGGCUCGCUUCUUCAGGUGCCUCUGCCCCCCUCUCCAGGUCUCUCUGCAGCCCAGGCCCCCCUCCUCCUCCCCACUAGCCCCUUCCUGCUUUGAGUGGGGCCGGCAGCGUAAGGCAGCGUCUCGGGACCCCGGCCUCAGUGCUGGGUGUUCACCCCUCUUCUUCCAUGGCCCCCUUCCCCCCAGGCGGCAGACAGACAGCAGCGGGAAGGAGUGGUGGGUGACUAACAACACAUACUGGCGGCUGCGGGCCGAGCCGGGCUACGGGAACCUGGACGGGGCCGUGCUCUGGUAGCCCAGGCCCCAGGGGCAGGAGGCCCCGGUCCCCCCCCUCCUGCCCCCACCCCGCCACGGACACAUGGGCGAGGCCAGGCUCUCCCACUCACUGCCCUGGAGACCAAAGGGGAAGCCCUGGCUCUGGCCCUCUCCCCUCUGCCGGCCAGAGGGGCUGCAUCUCAGCCCAUCACCCACCCCUUGUUUGGGGUGGGAAGCAGUAUUCGUGCUUCCCCAGUCUUGUUGCCCCAGACAACCAGCAUGUAAGACCCUCCUUGCUCUGUCAACCCCUUCCUUACCCCCUGGGGUACUUGGGGGAGACUCCAGGCCCUCCAGGAUCUGUUCCCCAUUUCAGUGCCUUCCUAGGACACAGGGGACCCCUCGACGUUCCCCAGGAUUCCCUUGCCCAGGACUCGGGCCCCAGCUGUGAGGUUGGAGUGAGUGAAGGAGAGGGGAUGGCCUUUUCUCCCACCCCCGUCCCUCCCAUGCCCCAUCUCCAGCAUCUUCUCCCCCUGCCCUGGCCCAGAGGGGCUCCCUUUGCUUGGCCCUGGCAAUUUCUCCUAUCUUCCUGGAUCCCCUUCUCCCAAACUGCAAAACGCCUGCAGCUCCUUCGUCCCUGGUCCUCAAGUGGUUUCCUUCAGUCUCAGCUCAGUGGAUCCCCCAGAGCAGACAGGGCAGGAAGGGCGCCUGGCCUCUGACCCACCCGGAGUGAGCGAGCACUCGUGAGAGUGUUGGUUUGUGUAGAAGAGUGUGUGCGUGUGCCUGUGUACUGCUUGCGGGCGAGCAGGAUUCCUCGUGUAGGCCGGAUGUCCCCUGCGGGGGGUCCGCCACCAUUGCUGCUCAUUUUACCAGUCUGCCUCUGAUUAAGGUGAAUUGCUAUGACAUUCCAAACUCCAGUAAAGACUGUCCCAAACUUUG